UGGAACUUUCCCGUUAUACUUUUGAAGUCUGAGAAGGCUCGUGAAGAGGUUGGUAGUCCCUACAAGAAGUUCUCCAUGCCACCUGGGAGCAGCUCUGCCUUGCCUCCUAUUGGUCAACUUACUCAUUUCCCGACACCGGCUCGGAGGCGUCAUCGCACCACUUUCAGUCAAGAACAGCUGGAACACCUGGAGGCAGCUUUCCUCAAGAACCAUUAUCCUGAUAUCUACUGCCGAGAGGAGCUGGCUAAGACUACCAAGCUAAAUGAGGCCCGUAUACAGGUUUGGUUUCAAAACAGACGGGCCAAACAUCGAAAACAUGAGAGAGCCACGCAGAAGCCUCCCACUGUGAUUUCAGCCUGUAGCAGUCUCAUGGCUGGGAUGUGCCCAGUCAGCACCACAGCCCGCCAGUACCAGUACCAGUACCCUCACAGCAUCAGCCACAUCCCACACUUCUCCUCAAUGAGUACUGGAUACAGCAGCACUUCCCCAGUUGGCCAGUUCAGCUGCCCUGGUGGACAUGCCCAUCUUCCUGGUGCCCAGCCUGCUACUCGGCAGCAUGACGAAUGGUACGGUCCACUACGUGCCCUCAGCAGCCCGGCUCCUGGACUCCAUUCAUCUAUGUUGCCUUUAGCUCCUAUGCCAGGGCUAGAUCACUCAUCUCAUUGGAAUUAAUAGGUAAUGGGUUGUGGACACAAUGAACCUGCCAUAUUUGGCAAAAACUGAGUAUUGACUAGAAAAGGAUCAAGAUACAUUUGCAUGAUGAUGCUAUUCUGCCUGGUCAGUAAGGCACUUUAUUGAAAAGGGAUUUGUAACAAGCAACAGUUGCCAUUUAACCAAAAAGAGCAUUUUGGUUCAUACAAGUGUCACAGGGAAGAAAUGCAUUAUAGGAGGGCAAUUAGGAAAGACAGCAAAAGAUGCUGAUACAGGUGUGUG